AUUAUUAUUAUUAUUGUAAACAAAAAAAUACCCACCACCCCCCUCAAUAUCCAACCACACAAACAAAACACACAUUUGUUUCCAACAUUCUUGAAAACCCAUUAUCAUCUUCCUCAUUGCAUCAAAAACCCAACAUUCUUCACAACUUUCUUGAACAACAACAACAACUCUGCUGCUAAAAAACAAAAAAACAAAGGCAAGAAAAGACCACCCUUUUAUCUUUUAUGCUUUACCCUUUUCACUGUUCAAUCUACUUUUAAAAAUUUUUCUUGGAUUUAUGCAUCUUUUUUCAUAAAUUUUUUUUUAUAAAUUAUGAUUACAUGAGAUCUAUGUAUGCUACUGUUUUAGAUACCCUUUUCCCUGUUUUUGCUCUCUUGGAUUCUGGGCUUUUGUUAUUUGAGGUAAAGGUGGUUGCUUUAUUGUUAUAUAGCUCUUGAAUUGAGCUUUGUGCUGUCUUUUUAUGGUUAUUUUAUGAAUUUAGGGUUUAUGUUGGUGGUAUUGGGUUCUGGGGUUUGAUUUUUUUUUUUUUUUUUUUUUUUUUGUGGGUCUCUAUAUAUAUGCCUUUUUGUUGGGUGAUCAAGAAUUCAAGAAUUUCAGGAUUAGGGUUUUGUUUUUAUUUGCUACUCUGUUUCCAGUUACAAUAAAGGUUUAAAUUAUUCAUGGAGUCUCCUCAAUCUGUAGUGUCACCAUUGAAGAUCUACUCCGGACCCGAAAAGCAUAAUCUUGAUCAUUUCGCUCGAAACCCGAGUGUCGAAUCGAAGAAGCCCGAUCCAUCGGUUGGUGUUCUCGAGGUUUACAUUCAUCAAGCCAGGGACAUUCAAAACAUCUGCAUAUACCACAAACAAGAUGUUUACGCCAAAAUUUCACUCACUUGCAACCCUGAGAAAUCGGUCAUGACACAAACGAUAAACGGGGGUGGACAAAAUCCGGUUUUUAACGAAACCCUAUGCAUCGAUGUCCCCACGGUCGAUACUUCACUUAAAUGUGAGAUAUAUAUGAUGAGUCGGGUUCGUAAUUAUCUCCAAGAUCAAUUGCUUGGUUUUGCGUUAAUCCCGCUUUCGGAUGUUAUCGUCAAGAACGGGGAACGCCAGAAGGAAUUCACGUUAUCGUCGGAUGAUAUCUUCCACUCGCCUUCGGGUUUUGUUCAGCUGUCUUUAUCGUACAAUGGGGCGUCACCGGAUGUGAUUGUGAUUCCACCGACACUGCCGCCAGCUAAGACCGCGGUUCCCGACCAAUCUGAGUUGGACAAACUCGAGUUCCCGGAUCCCAAAAUUGUGAACGAAAACGAGAUUAUGGUGUCGGAGUAUUUCGGAAUUAGCUCGGAAAGUUUCGUCUCGUCUGAUACCGAUGAUCAGGCGAGCUCGGAAAACGGUGGAACGUUUGUGUCUGAGAAUCAAAAACCCGAGUCACCCCUGACAAGUGUGUCGACUAACGGGUCUCAAUGUGCUUCGGUUGAAUCGGUUCCUGCUACAAGCACCAAAUCAAUCGAUGACGAGAAACACUCGAAAUCUGCAAAUCAAGAAUCUGAUUCACCCGCGAAAGGCAAACCUGUUGAAAGCGGUUCAUCGAACCCGAACCCGAACCCGAACCAACCUGCAGUGUCGAUGAACUUUGAGCUCGAUCAAAAAGUGGUGCAGCAAGACUUUGUGGACUUGUACAUGAAGAGUAUGCAGCAAUUUACCGAGUCGUUGGCUAAGAUGAAGCUGCCGUUGGAGAUGGAGAACGAGCAGACGAGUUCUGGAAACUCGAGUUCGGGUCAGAACGCUCAGACACCAAAUGGGGACCGCCCACGAGUGUUUUAUGGGAGUCGAGCGUUCUUUUGAAGCCGAUUGACGGGAUUCGCGGUUGGUGUUUAGGGAAAUUAGGUCAAACUACUGAUGAUUAGUGUUGUCUUAUGUAUGGAACUUGGUGUUUCAUAGGCUCUUUGUGUUUUGGUGGUGUUGUUUGUUAGUUUGUUUUGCCACAUUUGUUGUUUUAUUAAGAGUUACCUAUGGUGUGUAGUGGUGGAUCAGGAUUUCCUUUUAGUGUAUGCACUUGAAAUUUACUAUUAUAAAACAAUAUAAUCUAUUUUAGUUUAUACC